AUGAGCGGUCUAGAUUCACCAGCUAGAGAAACUGGCUCUUCUUCCAAGGAAAACCGUCAACAACCCGUUGAGGGAAACUCCACAUCUGAAAGCGAUGCGCAGGAGUCGGACAUCGCAGACACGGUUGAAGCAUUCAAUGAACCCGACAGAGAAAAAAUUGGUGAAAGCCAAACACCGGUGGUAGAACCACGUCUUGAACGGAUCAUGACGGGUUUCUUCUCGGACCGUGUGCGGGAUGUUCGCAAACGUCUUGUAGUGCAAUUCUUUUUAAAUCAUCUGGCACUGGCUCUGCUGAUCAUGUCUGUGUUUUCGCUAUAUUGGGGGGCCAUUUACAAUAGAUCAAGUCAUUUCCACAAAGUCAGCAUUUUGGCCGUGCUCCAAGACGACGGCCCCCUUUCGCAGCCUCUGCCCAGUUUGAUAGACACUGUACCGGGUCACUGGCACAUCUAUAAUGCUUCGAGCUUUAUGGAAAAAUACCAUGUUUCUGAGUCGCAAGUCGACUCACGCAUCACCAAGCUUGUUCACGAACAGAAAUAUUGGAUGUCGCUGAACGUCAAACCCAACGCAUCCAACGUAUUGCAGGAUUCGCUGCAAAAUCCAUCUGCGCUCCCUUUCAAUGCUUCAGCAUUCUUCGAGACUGUGUACGAAAGCGGUCGCGACCCUACUAACAUGAAGUCCAGCAUAUUACCCUUGAUGCUGCAAUUAGAAGCGAAAUAUCAGGCUGCUUACAGCUCGAGUAUUCUGCCCACUAUUUUUGCCAAUGUAUCGGACUCUCUUGGCAAAGUUCCAAAGGUUAACGUGGCACAAGCCGGUUCCAUGCUUUUUUCACAGAUAGACUACAGACCCUUUGACAAUUUCGUGCUGCUAGGUCCACUACAAGUCGGUUUGAUUUACUGCAUCUUGUUGACGUUCUUCCAGCUGUUGCUGUUCUCGCCAAUGCACGCAGAAUUUGGCCAAAAACUGAAGGUCGGCCACAUGCUUCUUUACCGACUCCUGGUCUCUUACCUCAACUACUUAUUCCUGUCCUUGUUCUUCUGUUUGGUCUCGCUGGCUUUCCAAGUCGAUUUUGGUAGAACCUAUGGACGCUCUGGGUUUAUGGUAGCCUGGAUGUCGUCCUGGCUGUUGAUGGCAGCGGUUGGGGGUGCCAACGAAAAUAUGCUGACACUCGUUUUGGCUGUUGCACCUCGAUUCCCGGGAUUCUGGAUGAUCAUUUGGGUCGUGUUUAAUAUCACUCCAUCGUUCUUCCCUAUGGAUCUCACGAGCAACUUUUAUCGCUACGGCUACAUGACUCCCAUUUUCAACGGUGUUGGCAUUUUCAGAGUCAUAUUUUUGAAUUUGUACCCAGGAGCUAUGGGAAGAUACUUCGGGGUGCUGUGCGCGUGGAUUGUGGUCAACAUCCUCUUCUUUCCUGUUUGCGCAAAAAUAUUUGCAACCCAAAAAAUGAAGAAGGAGGCACUUGCUCGCGAAGCUCAGAAGUGA